ACCUAAGCAACACAAACUAUUCGCUCUAAAUACAUUCUUUUUAUCAAGAAAUAUUUUUAAGAAUCUUGUCAGUAAUUAAGAUUUCCAAAAGUUGGCCGAAAUGAAUGUCUAUUUUCUCAGUCUCAUUCUUACAGUCAUUUUAGUGAUUUCCUUCAACACUGAAGCACUUAGUCCUCACUACUACGACCAUUCAUGUCCACAAGCCGACCAAAUAGUCACCAAUGCAGUCAAGAAAGCCAUGUCAAAUGACAAAACUGUCCCUGCCGCGCUCUUGAGGAUGCAUUUCCACGAUUGCUUUGUUAGGGGAUGUGAUGCGUCAGUGCUGUUAGACUCGAAGGGAAAGAACAAAGCAGAGAAAGAUGGACCUCCUAACAUCUCACUCCAUGCGUUUUAUGUGAUUGACAAUGCAAAGAAGGCAUUAGAAGAGCAAUGUCCUGGUGUCGUCUCGUGUGCGGAUAUCGUUUCACUCGCUGCAAGAGAUGCUGUCGCUCUCUCUGGAGGGCCUACAUGGGAAGUGCCAAAAGGGAGAAAAGAUGGAAGAGUAUCAAAGGCAAUAGAAACAAGACAACUACCAGCUCCUACUUUCAACAUCUCUCAGCUGCAACAAAGCUUUAGCCAAAGAGGCCUUUCUAUGCACGAUCUUGUUGUUCUCUCUGGAGGACACACACUUGGAUUCGCACACUGCUCAUCGUUCCAAAAUAGGAUUAACAACUUCAGCACACAAAAACAGGUUGACCCAACAUUAAACCCAUCAUUUGCGGCCAGCUUGAAAGGAAUUUGCCCAGCCCAUAACAAGGCUAAGAACGCUGGAGCGACUAUGGACGGUAGCACGACAUCAUUCGACAACAUAUAUUACAAGAUGCUUAUGCAAGGCAAAUCGCUAUUCUCAUCAGACCAAGCACUUCUCACAACACCUUCUACAAAGAAACUUGUGGCCAAAUACGCAACUUCCAUGGAAGAGUAUGAGAGGGCUUUUGUGAAAUCCAUGAUCAAGAUGAGUAGUAUCAGUGGGAAUGGUAACGAGGUCAGGCUUAAUUGCAGGAGGGUCCGUUAGAGUCUCAGUCUCAGCAUUCAACACCAAGUUCAACAUUUUCAUGUCUUUGUUUUUCUAUCUCAACAUUGGUUCUCUGUAAUUACGCCUUUCUAAUGAUUAAGGCCUCGAUCAUGUAUCAAAAUUAUCGUUCUCUUCUGUGUGGUUGUAAUGCAGUUAUUUACAAGUAAUAUAUAUAAAUAAAUGUUUUUCUCCCAA